GCAAUCAUUUGCUAGAACUGGUCUAGCAUCUCCUUUAAUGAUUAAAAUAAAAUAAUGAGAGGUGGCUCCUCUGCUGGAAACGGCGAUGGCAGAAAAUUGCGCCAACCCACUGCUGCUGGGUUGGAUCAAAGAAUGGUUGGAGCAAGCCAGAGAGCGGAAUUCGAAGGGAUUCACAGUAUAUAAAAAAGCCUACGAGUCUAUGAAGGCCUGCCCGCUAGCAUUCAACCACCCAUCGGAAGCAAUUCAAUUAAACGGUUUGGGCCCGAAGCUCUGCGAUCGCCUUACCGAAAAGCUGAAAGAAUACUGUGACCAAAAUGGCUUACCAAUGCCAGAACCACCAAAUAAAGAUCGUGGUGAGAAACGCCCGUCUGGCGAUGAUCUACCAGGCGCUGCCGACCAACCAACUAAGAAGACUCGGAAAGCCAAGCCGUACGUUCCAGCUCUGCGAUCUGGUGCAUAUGCAUUGAUCUGGGGACUUUCGACGUUGAAUGAAAACUCGUCGCAAAGCAUGACCAAGGCUCAACUCAUUGACGUUGCUCAGCCGUACUCAGACACGUCUUUCACGGCUCCGAGUGAUCCAACUAAAUUCUAUACUGCUUGGAAUGCGAUGAAAACACUGGUACAAAAGGAGCUGGUGUAUGAACACGGGCGGCCUCUUAGAAAAUAUGCUCUUACAGAAGAAGGCUGGGAUUGUGCAAAGAGAAUCAGGAAGGCAAGCGGUACUGAGGCGCACUCAAAGGAUCAAGUGGCACUGAACUCGAAUGCAACCACUACAGAACUACAUCGACCGGUCCAGACAAAGGAGACAACUGCUUCGUCCCGAACAAACCGACGUGGUUUUGAAUUCGACGAUUCUGAUAUUGAAGUACUAGAUGAUAUUGGGCCAGCAUCAGUCAGACCUAGGGCGACAACUGAACGACCAGUAACCCUAAAUAAAGAGCCAACAGGAUCUAUUGUCCUGCCGCCAGGAGGAUUCACCAUAGAACUUUUACUAGACUCUCGCGAGGUACGGGCAAAAAACGAUCGUGACUAUAUUGCGAAAGAACUCGAAACAAAAGGUAUCACCCCUCACGUCCGAGCCCUUGAACUUGGCGACGUAAUGUGGGUUGCCAAAUGCAAAGAUCCUAGCUAUUUAGCACAGUAUGGUGAGGAAGGUGACGAAAUCAUGUUGGACUGGAUUAUCGAACGAAAACGACUGGACGACUUGAUCGGAUCCAUCAAAGACGGACGAUUUCACGAACAGAAAUUCCGACUUCGUCGUUCAGGAAUUAAGAACGUCGUCUAUCUCGUCGAGGAGUUUGCUGUAUCCCACUCUUCGAACGGCGCACAAGCACCAAAUUAUCAAGAUGCUGUUGCAUCGGCGAUUGCAUCGACACAAGUCGUCAAUGGUUAUUUUGUCAAAAAGACUAGAAACCUCGAUGAUACUAUUCGCUAUCUUGCACGUAUGACUUUUCUCCUGCGGAAAAUGUAUGAACCUACCACGCUAUCGUCGAGUCAAAUUAGCAGCAGCGCAGUCAAGAGCGCAUCGGUGGCACUCAUUCCUAGCUUCCAUCUAUCCUCUUCAGACUCCUACCUCACGAUAAUACGAAAAUUACGCGCCGAAGACCCUUGUGAAAACACAACAUAUGGAGUCACAUUUUCAUCAUUCUGUGCCUUGACCUCCAAAUCCGAUAUUCUCACCCUGCGUGACCUAUUUUUGAAAAUGCUGAUGUGCACAAGAGGUAUCUCGGGCGACAAAGCCCUUGAAAUACAACGCCACUGGCACACUCCACGCGAAUUCAUCGAAGCGCUUGAAACUGCAGAGCGAGAAGCUACUAUCCGAGGCGAUAAUGCGAUGAAAGCUAUGGAGAAGAUGAUAACGGAUAAGAUGGGGAGUCUGAUCCCAAAGAGGAAAGUUGCUGGUGUGCUUGCCAAAAAGGUAGCUGAGAUAUGGGGCGAAGGUGGGUAGACCAUUAAAGUAUACGACUACAUGUUGAUGUACGACCUAUUCCCCAAUAUCAUGCCGCUUCUAAUGAACAUAAGCUUCUACCUCCAAGAAUCAUGAAUGAUUUCGCUCCAAAACCAUUGUCUAAAAUUUAGCCCCCAGAUGACUCCCCCCCCC